UUAGAGUGUAGAUGUAUUUAUCAUAUAGUAGAUAUGACUAUAAAAACUUCACUACAUUUCUUCCCAUUUUUAUGCUAUAAUGAAUGAGAUAAAUGUCUACAAGUUAUUGUUACUAUAAUUUUAUUUACUACUAUACUACUGAAAUCUAUUCUCUUGGAAAUACUAAGAGAGUCUUUAUAAAAUAGAUAAACAUUUCAACAAUAACAAAAAAAAUGUAUUCAAGUCAUAAUCAUCUUCAUAAUUUUAUUAAUAAUAUCAUUAUUAUUAUAAUAAGUAUUAUUUUCUUAUUGUUAAAUAAUUCAAUUUCAUAUAAAGUAAAUUUAAACAAAUUUAGUGCAACAGGAGGGAAAUUCAAUUCAGAACUAUGCGAUAAAUGGACAUUGAACACAUUAUCUCAUGGAUUAAAUGUUCAAUUAUUCAAUUAUUCAAAUAUCUAUCAGUAUAUACCACAAAUUAGUAUUAUAAUUAUUGCACAUAAUGAAAAUAUAUUAAUAUUACAAAAGACAAUUAAAAGUAUUAUGAUUAAUACAAAUGAAUUAUUAAUGAAUAAUCGUAUCAAAGAAAUCAUACUAAUUGAUGAUUAUAGUAAUCCAGCAAUACAAAUGAAUAUUGGAUUGUUGAAUAAAACUAUUCGUGUAUUACGUAAUCCAAAGAGAAUGGGUUUAAUUAAAUCUCGUAUGAAUGGUGCACGAAAUGCUAGUGGUGAUAUAUUAGUAUUUCUUGAUGCACAUAUUGAAACAUUGAAUCAUUGGCUGGAACCAUUAAUUGUUCAAUUAAUCAGUUUAAGGAAACAAAGCCGUCACCACCACCAACAACAACAACAUGAAGAAUCCCAAUGGAUAACAAGUGAAGGCACUUCAAAACCAUUAUAUAAUGCAAAACAUUUCAUUGUCAGUCCAAUCAUCUUAUCAACUUCAGAUAAGAUAGAUUAUGACAAUAUUGAAGACAAUUUAUACUUAGGAGGUUUUUCAUGGGAUCUAAUAUUUAGAUGGCAUCAUGUGAAUGAGGUAGGAACAGUUAUAUCACCAUCAUUUGAACAACAUGAAACUGAUGCAUAUCGUUUAAUUCAACCGAGACCAACACCUGCAUUAGCCGGUGGUAUAUUUGCUGUAUGGAGAGAUGAUUUUUUUUAUUAUGGUGGUUAUGAUGAAGAAAUGAUUAUAUGGGGUGGAGAGAAUAUUGAGUUAUCACUACGGACAUGGAUGUGUCAUGGACAAAUUGAAAUUAUACCAUGUAGUCGUGUUGGUCAUUUAUUUCGUGAUCAACAUCCAUACACAUUUCCCAUGGGUAAAGAGUUCACUAUUCUACAUAAUUAUAAGCGUACUGUACUUGUCUGGUUCUUACAUGAAAUAAAUUCAACACUUGCAAGAGAAUAUCUAGGUUAUUUCUAUACAAGAUUACCAGAAGCAAAGAUGAUUCCAGCUGGAGAUUUAAAAUCACGUAAAUUGAUUCCAACUACUUUAAAUUGUCAUAGUUUCACCUGGUACCUAGAGAAUAUCUAUCCUUUACUGAGACAAGAAGCUAAAUCAAUUCAUAUUAGUCAGGAUACAUACUUUGUAACAGCAUUCGACAGUACAUGAAUCCUCGUGACUAGUUCAAGUGAAAUCUACUAGGAAUAAUGUUAUACUCUUUGAUGAUGGCAGUUCAAUAAAUUUCUGACAAAAACAUUAGAACACUAAGAUGGCCUUAACAAAGCUAUUUUCAACCUAGAAAAGAUUAUUUUACUCCUUUUAUAUAAUUUUAUGUGAAUGAAAUAUUUCUGACUUGUUUUAAUUUACUCUUUAGUACAAUUGUAUAAAGUGAUUUGAAUAAAAAAUAU